UCACCGGUCGUCAUGCAUUAAACUUGAUGAUGUGGGAAUAUCCAAGGCAGAACACUCACAAUGCUGACAUCUCACAAACUGUGGGCGUUUUUUAAGGUGAAUACAAGUGACAGCGACACCAUGAGGCCACGGGGGAGGAGGGGCAGGAGGAAGAGGAGGAGGAAGAGGAGGAGGCGGAGGAGGCGCGCAGUUCGGUUUUUGUUGCCCAGGCAGUGGAGCAGCGGUGUAACCGAUCCCAGCUGCUGCCGCCGUGAGGGAACGAGAGCUAUUUCCGUCCCCCGUGGGUUGCUCACUUCUCCUCGGGGAUUUAGUUCUGGAACUUGGUCUGGAGGACGGAGGGAGCGCACGGUUGCGCACGGCCGAGCUGGACAUCAACGUCUUCGAACACGCGUUCAUGAGCCGGCGGAGGAUCAAGAGGAUCAGUUUUGUUUUGGGGCGUUGUCGUCGUCAUCUCUCCGCCGUGGUGUGGAGUACACGCGUCCGUCAGACACUGACACGCUGAGUCCCAGUCACUGAAAACUUCUCCGCUCAGCCAGUUGUGAUCUCUGGAGCUGCGGGGUCGUCACGUUGUUGCCAUCCACGAGCCACAAGUCGACGCACGGAGCGUUCCGCGCGAACCGAGGUUACCGGCCAGCUUCUGUGGGAUUGGAUGUCACCUUCAGAUUGGUUCAACUGAAGAUGGAAACACUGGAGUCUGAGCUGACCUGCCCGAUCUGCCUGGAGUUAUUUGAAGAUCCCCUGCUCUUGCCCUGUGCCCACAGCCUGUGUUUUAACUGCGCCCACCGCAUCCUGGUGUCCCACUGCUCCACUAGCAAGCCCCUUGAAUCCAUCUCGGCCUUUCAGUGCCCCACCUGUCGUUACGUCAUCACGCUGAAUCACCGCGGCCUGGAGGGCCUUAAGCGCAAUGUGACACUGCAGAACAUCAUUGACCGCUUCCAAAAGGCCUCCAUCAGUGGCCCCAACUCCCCCACAGAGAGCCGGCGUCUGCAGCCGCAGCGGCCCUACACCGCCACCAUUAGCGGCACGAUAGCUGGAACAAUCGGAGGCGGCGGCGGCAGCGGCGGCAGUGGCACGAGUGGAAGCAGCGCCCGCGGCAGCCCGGCCACUUCCAGCCACGCCCACCCUCACGCCAACCACACCAACCACGUCAACCACACCAACGCCAACCACAGCCCGGCCGUCGUCGGCAAAAUGGACCCGCGCAUCAGCUGCCAGUUCUGCGAGCAGGACCCGCCGCGCGAGGCCGUCAAGACGUGCGUCACGUGCGAGGUCUCGUACUGCGACCGCUGCCUGCGCGCGACACACCCCAACAAGAAGCCGUUCACCAGCCACCGCCUGGUGGAGCCGGUGCCUGACACUCACAUCCGUGGCCUGACUUGUCUGGAGCAUGAGAAUGAGAAGGUCAACAUGUACUGCUUGGUGGACGACCAGCUCAUCUGUGCCCUCUGCAAGCUGGUGGGGCGCCACCGCGAGCACCAGGUGUCCUCACUCACCGAGCGCUUUGACAAGCUCAAGGCUUAUCAGGUGAGCCCGGGCAGAGUGUCAGAUGCGGUAAUGGAGGCUUCAAAGACAAGUGCUGCGCAAACUCUGGAGAACAACCUGACCAACCUGGUGAAGAGGAACAGUGAACUCGAAAACCAAAUGGCAAAACUUAUCCAGAUAUGCCAGCAAGUUGAGGUGAACACAGCCAUGCAUGAAGCUAAGCUGGUGGAGGAGUGUGAUGAGCUCGUGGAGAUCAUUCGCCAGAGAAAGCAGGUCAUCGCUGUGAAGAUCAAAGAGUCAAAGGUGAUGAAAUUGCGAAAGUUGGCUCAGCAGAUUGCAAACUGUCGCCAGUGUCUGGAACGCUCCAGCGCUCUCAUCACACAAGCGGAGCAGAGCCUGAAGGAGAAUGAUCACGCCCGCUUCCUCCAGACCGCCCGAAAUGUAGCAGAAAGGGUUGCCAUGGCGACGGCGUCCUCUCAGGUACUCAUCCCUGACGUCAACCUGAAUGAGGCGUUUGACAACUUUGCCCUGGAUUUCUCCAGAGAGAAGAAGAUUUUAGAAGGACUAGAUUACCUAACAGCUCCCAGCCCGCCGUCCAUAAGAGACGAGCUGUGCACCGCCUCCCACGACACCAUCACUGUUCACUGGACGUCGGAGGAUGAGUUCAGUGUCACCUCCUACGAGCUGCAGUACACCAUCUACACUGGUCAGACCAAUUUCAUCAGUUUGUACAACUCGGCAGACAGCUGGAUGAUCGUACCCAACAUCAAGCAGAACCACUACACCGUGCACGGCUUGCAGAGUGGCACCCGUUACAUCUUCUUUGUUAAGGCGAUCAACCAAGCCGGAAGCCGCAACAGUGAGCCGGCCCGCCUGAAAACCAACAGUCAACCCUUCAAGUUGGACCCAAAAACGGCCCACAAGAAGCUCCGCCUCUCCAACGACUGCCUGACCAUGGAGAAGGACGAGAGUUCGCUGAAGAAGAGCCACACCCCGGAGCGCUUCAGUGGCACGGGCUCCUAUGGAUCAGCUGGUAAUGUCUUCAUUGACAGCGGGUGCCACUACUGGGAGGUGCUGCUUGGAGCGUCCACAUGGUAUGCCAUCGGCGUGGCUUACAAAUCAGCCCCAAAGAACGAAUGGAGUGGCAAGAACUCGUCCUCAUGGGUUUUGUCGCGCUGCAAUAACAACUUCAUGGUGCGCCACGACGGCAAGGAGAUGCUGGUGGAGGCGAGCUUGCAGUUGCGGCGGCUGGGUGUCCUGCUAGACUAUGACAACAAUUCGCUCUCCUUCUACGACGCCAUGAACUCCCAGCACAUCCACACGUUUGAAAUCUCCUUCAUCCUGCCCGUCGUACCCACGUUCAUGAUCUGGAACAAGUCGGUCAUGAUACUCUCAGGGCUGCCCGUCCCCGACUUUGUUGACGGCAUGGCCUCGGAUCUUCAGGAGCAGCAGCAGAUGGGUCUGUGCCGACAGGAGUCGCCGUACUUGACUGGGAUGAAGAGCUGCCACUGAGAACGGAGUCCACUCAGGCCUGGUGACCUGGUGACCUGGUGACAGGUGGACUGCGAGCUGCUGCUGCUCCAAUCUUCAUUAUGAGUGGACUUUCUUUUUUUUUUUUUUUUGGAUUUAGAAAGUGAUGGAAAUAUGCACAGAAAAAUGUCAGCCUUGAUAGUUUGUAGCCAUCAACAUGCUUCUCAAAUCCUUCAGAGAAUGGGAGAAAAGUCUCUUUGACGAGAGCUUUGGUCUGUCAUUGAGCAGAGCAGGUCUCAUGGGUUUCCUGACCAUUUAAGGCUCUUCCUGUUUGAUUUAUUGUCUUCUUGAUUUGACCAUAGACAGAAGACCGUGGAGGGAAUGUUGUCAGCAACAGUGGCCACAGAAAAAGUUUAAACACAAUUUAUGAUGUUUAUACUUGUGUUAGAACGAGUUUAUGUCGACAGUGCAUUCUGAUGUGAAUUAAAAGUUUCUGAGGAGGGGAAAAGGUUAAUUUAUUGCUAUUUUGACGCGAGUUACAACGUUGGAAAGUUCAAUUUUGCUCCAGUUAUUCUGAACGUGGUUUCUUUGCGUUUUUACCGUGUGAGCGACACCGAUCUAGAUGUCAGACGAGGGACCUCUUACAAUAUGACAUCACAUGUUCACAUGUUCACAUGUUGCACCGUCGGUCGCUGUAACCGGUCUUUGCUGAAGUUUCUCCAUCAGUCUUUCUGGAAGCGUUACCAUUUCUCCCAGAUUCUAAAAAAAAAAAAGGUCACAAAGGGGAGGAUUUGCAUCAUGUGACUACUUGACCUGUAUAAUAAGAGGUAUAUCGAUUACUGGAGGAAAAGAAGUGUUAUUUAUGAGGAGAAAAAAAAGAGAAGAUGGUUUACUUUUUAUUAUUAAUUUUAACAUAUUCAUGCACUUUCUUAAUUAACACUAUUUCCCCCCUCUGUGAGUGUUUGAGCAGCUGAGGGGCAGAGUUGGAACGGGACGUGAAAACGACGGCUAGCACUACUACUGGUUGUGUUCAGUUAUAUUUGCCAAAUCAUUGACGAUUAGUAAUUAAAAAUGGUUAUCAGAUAUAAACUAUACAAAUUCCUUUCGCAAUAACAAAGCCCUGCUGAAACUGUUUUGUGUGUGUGUGUUUGUUGCAAACACUAAAUCUAGUUCAUCAAAGCACUUUGGACUAAAAAACCGAAUUGUCUGCUGUAAAAGUUCUCUGAACACAGCCAGUGACUCUUUCCCUCCCCGUUGCAUAUUGUAAAUGUAUCUUAUUUAGAAAAAAGGGAUAUGAUUCUGAUGUGUUUGCAAUUUUUAUCACAAUGAAAUGAUGAUAAAUGAAUAUCUUUUGAUUUCUUUUCCAAGUUUUUUCGAGUAUUUCAGGGAAGGAGCAGGGGGGGUUAACACUUUACUGUCUGUUGCAAUAUCAUGGCAUGAUUGUGUUUUUCCUUUUGUGAUUUGUUCACACACACACACACACACAACACACACCUACACGUGUCACGUUUUGUUGAUGUCGGCCUCGUCGUGAUAAAUGCAUGAUCCCGCAAAUGGUCCAUUGGAUAUUUUAUGCAGGUCUUUCAGUUCCACCGCUUUUUGUAUUCAUCAGAUACAAAUUCAUUCAAACAUUGUGGAUGGCAAAUUGUCUCUGGUUUCAUUUUCCAGGCGGAGGGUUAAUUCAGACAAUCAAACAAGUUUUUAAGAGGUCGCGUAACCCGUAGACCUUUUGUAAGGCACUGUGAUGAAGUGACACACGAGAGGGAAAAGGACUUAUGAACUUAUCUUUCGCUUCCCGCCCGUCUUCGGACUCUCGAUGUUAAAUGUCAUGUAACAUUUGUAGCGACGGACUAUGAUUUGCUUGACUGGAGGGGGAAAAAAAAAAAUCUGGCUCAGUGAUGCAGCGAUCGGGAUUAUUUGAUUGUCGCGCUUAACUGACUCAGUGAUCCUUGCUCACAAAGAUCAUCCGCUGGUUAAAGGUAACACAGCGGGGAGCGCCAGAGUCGAAGGACAUUCAAGAAUUUGACCUGACUUUCUGAGAUCUGCAGAUCUUGUUGAAUCAUGUCUGUCACAGACACACACACACACACACACACACGUGUUGAUUUGUGAUCUGGACUGACAAGCUCAAAGUCAUCAGUGCAAGUGUGCUUGGCUGGGUCACUGCAUGAUGAUGUGACCUCACUUUCAGGUUCACCGUCCUCAUAUUCAUGAUGACGUUCCUUACGUUGAGUGAAGCCUUACUCUCCAGCGCGCGCUCAGAAAAAUAAAACAUGAGCAGAAAUGUUCAAUGCCAUGCCUCUCGGAUCAUUUGCGGUGUUCUUUUUUUUUGUGUCACGAGUCAAUACGGUCAAAUAUAUACAGUGAAUGAAUUUCAAUAGCUACCCCCACUCCUCGUAGUGACGUGUAAUACUCUAGAAACGAUGCAAUAGAGUCUCUUUCUGCUUUUCCGUUUGUGUCAUUUUGGGGGGGAAAUUAUUUUUACAGCUGGUGAGAAACACGCUCCUCUCCUUUUGGCACCUGGACCUUGAUAAACAGCACAAAAAAAGAGCAGCUUUGCUUUCCUGCGAGGCUUUCUGUGGAAGUAGAUAUCAUUUCAGCCAGAGAGGAAUGUAAAUCAUAGGGGGAAAUAUAUAUUAUAUACAAUUGUAUAAUGUACAAAAAAUAUGUAUGAACCAAUGUUAUUUAUGUGAAUUCAAGUCCUAUUAAAAGUCUGAUCCCAGAUUG